AUGAUUGUCUUGUAUCCGGUAUUCGCAGUAAUUGGUUUAGUGUUAUAUUUAUUUUACUAUAAAAUUACUAAAAAUAAUAAUUACUGGGAAAAAAGGAAGGUUCCACAUUUAAAACCUUUGCCAUUUUUUGGUAAUUAUCGAGAAUACAUAUUAUUGAAAAAGUAUGGACCACAUGUCGCACAGGAUAUUUGCCAACAUUUUCCCCAUGAAUCUUACAUCGGCGCUUACUAUGGGACAGAUCCUGCUUUGAUCAUCCAGGAUCCUAAUAUUAUCAAGCUGGUGAUGACUAAGGAUUUCUACUUUUUCAACCAUCGAGAAGUAUCCAAAUAUACUCAUAAAGAAGUAAUCACCCAGAAUAUGUUCUUCUCUGGAGGUGAUAGGUGGAAAGUACUACGUCAAAAUAUGACAGCAUUAUUUACCUCAUCAAAAAUUAAAAAUAUGUUCUAUUUAAUUGAAAACUGUGCUACUAGUUUAGAUAAUGUAUUAAGUCAUGAAGUUAAAAUGAAAAAAACAAUAGAGGUUAAGUCACUAUUAGCGAGAUAUACCAUGGACUGUAUAGGAACAUGUGCAUUUGGUAUCCACACCGGUACACUGGAAAGUCACUCAAAAACGAACCCUUUUUCAGUAAUUGGGGAAAAGUUAUUUGACACUUCAAAUUAUGGUGGAUUUAGACUUAUUACUCGCACAAUGUGGCCAGAAAUUUUCUACGGUUUACGAUUGCAAUUGUUUCCAGAAAGUAUAAACACUUUUUUUAAAAGUCUUCUCACUGAUGUAUUCAAAUGCCGACAAUAUAAAGCAUCAUCACGAAAUGAUUUCGUAGAUCUAGUCCUAAACUGGAAAAACAAAAAAUACUUAGUUGGAGAUAGUAUAUCAAAUAUGAAAUCGGGCGAAUGCAAAAGAGAGUCAGCGGAAUUAGAAAUCGAUGAUACGUUACUCAUAGGCUUUUGUGUAUUAUUAUUUGCAGCUGGUUUUGAGACAACAUCCACUACGACGAGCCUUUUACUCUUUGAGUUAUCAAAAAAUCAAAAAGCUCAGACUAAAGUAAUCGAAGAAGUUGAUGAUUACUUUCAAAGACACAAUGGCAAAAUAGAAUUCGAGUGCAUUAACGAGAUGCCCUACCUCCAAGCUUGCAUAGAUGAAACUUUACGAUUAUACCCCGUUUUAGGGACUAUUACUCGGGAAGUUGAAGAAAAAUACGUGUUACCGACAGGUCUUCGACUAGAAAAAGGCAUGCGUAUUCAUAUUCCAGUGUACCAUCUCCAUCACGACCCUCAAUACUUUCCAGAACCCGAAACAUUCCGACCAGAACGUUUCUUUGGUGAUGAAAAGAAAAAUAUUAAGCCAUUCACGUAUAUGCCAUUUGGAGAGGGACCAAGGAUAUGUAUAGGACUUCGAUUCGCAAAAAUGCCGAUGGUUGCUGGACUUUUAACAAUAUUUAGAAACUAUGAAAUAAAAUUAGGAGAAAAAAUGGCUAAAAAUGUAUCUUUCGAACCGCGAGUGAUCGUUACCCAGCCUAUCGGUGGUAUUCAUUUAGAUUUCAUUCGUCGUUCACAA